AUGACAUCUACAUCCUCAAUUGAAACCAUUAAGCGGGAACAACUCAAAAUCAAGGAUGAUGAGGAGGUUAAUACACUGGAAGUUCACCUUUCUCAAGUUUUGGCUGACUCCCAUGAUAACAUUCUACCCAAAAAAAAGCUACUUAUUGUCUUUGGAGCCUUAGCAAGUGCAUUGUUUUUAUCUUUUGUUGACCAAAACGGGAUUACUAUUGCACUUCCAGAUAUAGCAGAGGAAUUAGAUGCUCAAGAGACAGUUUCAUGGGCUGGGACAUCAUCCUUGAUUAGUCAAACGGUAUUCAUGGUGCUCUUUGGAAGAUUUAGUGACAUUUUUUCAAGAAAAUAUGUUUUGAUAGCCUCCAUGGUUAUUUUAUCAUUAUCAGACUUAGCAUGUGCAUUGGCACAAACUCCAUACCAACUAUAUAUUUUUAGAGGUUUUUCUGGAAUUGGUAAUGGUGGUAUUACAUCACUGAGUAUGAUGAUUGUUUCUGAUAUUGUUACAUUAGAGGAAAGAGGGAAAUAUCAAGGAAUUUUAGGUUCAUGUGUUGGAUUGGGUAAUGCAAUUGGGCCAUUUUUAGCUUCAGCGUUCAUAACACACACACACUCUUGGAGGAAAUUCUACUUUAUGUUAUUCCCUCUUGUUAUAUCAGGAUGCACAUUCAUUGUAUGGCUGGUUCCUUAUACACAUCAUAAACAGGAUAUGAAGAAACAAUUUUCACAAAUUGAUGUUUUGGGGUUUUUGUCAAGCUCUGUUACAAUAAUUUUCCUAUUGAUUCCAAUAAGUGGCGGUGGUUCAACUUAUAAGUGGGAUAGUGCAUUUUCAAUUGCAUUCCUAUGUAUUGGAGGAGUUUCAUUUAUUGUUUUUUUGAUUGUUGAAAAAAAGUUUGCACUUCUUCCAAUGAUGCCUUUACAUCUAUUCAAUACUAGAGUUUCUUUGAAUUUUUUAUUUGCUCAGAAUUUUUUCUUUGGAAUAUGUUAUUUUGGUAUGUUGUAUUAUAUUCCAUUUUAUUUGCAAUCAAUUAGGGGUUUCAAUACCAUAGAUUCUUCCAAGUAUAUGCUGUGUAUGGUAUUCCCACAGGUUUUCGUUUCUGUUAUUAGUGGCCAGAUUAUUUCAAGACACAAACAUUAUUGGCAUGUUGUGUGGUUUGGUUAUACCUUUUGGACUGUUGGUAUGGGUUUAUUACUUCUUUGGGGAACAACUACACCUAUUUCAAUUACAAUUGGUGCUUUAGUUGUUACUGGAUGUGGUAUUGGGGCAACUUUCCAGCCUACGUUGAUUGCAGUACAAGCACAAUCCUACAGAAAAGAUCGGGCAAUUGUUAUUUCAACAAGAAAUGUUUUACGUUGUUUUGGUGGCUCAGUUGGAUUAGCCGUUGCUUCAACAAUUUUGUCAAAUUUUUAUAAUCAAAAGCUCACCAAUUAUGGAGCUUCUUAUUUUAGUUCAGAAGAAGUCAAAUCUUUAAAGAGUCAAGUGUUUAGCAUUCCCUCUUUUGAUAAGUACUCUUUGAUCCAAGUCCAAUUCUUGAAAAAUAUUUAUAUGGAAUCAUUGAAGAAUGUGUUUUACUUGUGGAUAGGUUGCAUUGCCUUUUGUUUAUUGAGUAAUGCCACCGUUAGAGAUACAGGUUUAGAACCUCUACAAGAAAAUGUUAAUGAAAAAUAA